CUCUCCCUUCGGGUUUGAGAGGGGAGGGAGGAGGAAGAGAUAAAUGAAGUGUAUGACUCACAGAGAGUUCAGCAGCUUCUCUUCUCUCUGAUAAUGGAAGAAGUUGAACUCUGCUUUCCACAACUCCUCAACGCCUCCUGCAGGAGGCCGGAGCCUCCUCAGUUUGAGGAUCUGCUCGUUUACAUCCUGCUGUUCUUCAUCUCUGUGCUCACUGCUGCUCUCAACCUGCUCGUCAUCAUCUCCAUCUCCCACUUCAGGCAGAGAUCAACCUCUCAGCUUCACCACAUUUACUGUUAAACUGAAAUGAUGUUCAGAAUGAAUUUCAAAGCUUGUGUUGUCUAUGAGCCUUUGUGUACUUGUGAAAACAGUUUGGAAGGUUUAGAAGAGUUGGAGUUGUAGAAUCCACAGACUUCAGUUUCUCCUGCAGAGUGUUUUCACAGGUUUACAGAGGCUGAUGUACAACCACAGACUUUCAGGUUAUUUCUGCACAAACUAACAAUCUUAUUGAACUCAAUUUGAGCCCUUAGCUCUCUUUUUAUUGUGAUAUACUGUGGCUUUAAAGUAUUCUUACUGCGUUUAUUGCACAGCUCUUUUUGGUGAUAAGAUUGGUGAUGAUACACAGUGAUGAUAACCUCUCCCUGCAGGCAGCUCCACUCCCCCACCAACCUCCUCCUCCUCUCUCUGGCUGUCUCAGACUUCUUCGUGGGCCUCCUGUUUUUGCCGAUGGUUCUCUUUACAAGGACCUGCUGGGUCCUGGAUGACCUCAUGUGUGCUCUGUAUUUCUUGCUACCGGUCACCCUCAUCUCUGCCUCCGUGGGAAGCAUGGUGCUCAUAUCAAUCGACCGCUAUGUGGCGGUUUGUGACCCUCUGCAUUACCCCACCAGAGUCACUGAAAAACUAGUAAAUGUCAGUAUUUGUCUGUGUUGGAUCUGCUCAGCUUUCUAUGGCAUUUUUAUAUAUUAUGACCACCUGAAACAACCGGGCAGGUAUAAUUCCUGCUAUGGAGAGUGUGUGGUUAACAUUGCAGGAGAUGUGGACCUUGUUGUCGCCUUUAUUAUUCCCAUUACAGUCAUUGUAGUUCUGUAUAUGAGAGUGUUUGUGGUAGCGGUGUCUCAGGCCCGUGCCAUGCGCUCUCAUGUUGCAGCUGUCAAACUCCAGUUUUCAGUGACUCUGACACAGAAAUCUGAGCUGAAAGCAGCCAGGACUCUUGGCAUUGCUGUUGUAGUUUUCCUGAUUUGCUAUUCUCCGUACUACUGUGUCUUACUCACAGGCAGCAACAUCUUAUUCGGCUCAUCAUCUGAGGCCUUUCUGACCCUUCUGAUUUACUUUAACUCCUGUCUGAACCCUGUGAUCUAUGCCUUGUUCUACCCCUGGUUUAGAAAAGCUGUUAAACACAUAGUGACUCUUCAGAUCCUGCAGCCUGACUCCUGUGAUGCCAACAUGCUGUAGAGACACACUGUGCUCUGAUUAAAAUUAGACUUUUUGUUUCGUUUUCAUCAUUAAAUUUUACUUGACAGCCUUUGUAGGUUCUGUA